UGUCUCUCUGUGUAUGUGUCUCUCUCUCGGUCUUUCUCUGUGUGUCUCUCUCUGUGUCUCUCGCUGUGCCAGGGACCAUGACGUCGCUCCUGGCAGCAGCCACGCUCCUGUGCGCGGUCGCGUGCGUCGGAGAAGGCAGGGUCCAGAGGACGUUGGAUUCCGGCUGGGGAAAUGACAUCGAGUGGGUUCAGACUUAUGAAGAGGGCCUUCUGAGAGCCAAAGAGACGAGGCAGCCGCUCAUGCUCAUCAUCUGGCUGGAAACCUGCCCCUACAGUAAAGAAUUGCGCACCAGGAUGAGUCAACACAGAGGCAUUCAGAAGCUCGCCUCCGAGAACUUUAUCUGCCUCAACGUUCGAGCCGAGCCCAACGAUCAGAACCUGGCUCCGGACGGUCGCUACGUUCCCAGGAUCAUGUUUGUGGACCCAUCGUGGACCGUGCGAGGUGACAUCACGGGCAGAUACUCCAACCACCUGUACCUCUACCACGCGGCAGACGUGGACCUACUCUACAAGUCUAUGAAUCGGGCCCUGCAGCUUCUCAAGGAUGAGCUGUGAGCGACACCGGGUGCAACCUGGUGCCUGGUUUAAUCAACCUGGCAGGAUGAUGGGUUGAGUGGACCUUCAUAGGUGGCGAUAAUGACAAUCAUUAAACUGGUAAAUGUUGAAAUCUGUUGAGAACCACCCGUAAACUUGUGUAACAUUAUAAGGGUCCUGUAUUUGAUUCGGUAAUGGUUCUGUAAUGGAUAAGAUAAGGGUUCUUUAUUGGAUGAGAUCAUGCUUUUGUUUUGGAUGAAUACUGGUGCAAAAUUGUGAGGUAUCCUCGUUCUGUAGUAUGAGACAAUGGUUGUUUUAUAAUGGAUGAGACACUGAUUUUAUAUUGUUUGGGACAAUUAAAUUAUCCUUUAAUAGUGAGGUGACGGUUUGUCAUAGAAUAAGACGAAGGCACGAAAUUUAAUGAUAACACAAUGAAUGGUUCAAACUUGGAUUAAGGCAAUUCUGUGGAUCGGAUGAGACAAUGGUGAUGUAUUGAUGCUUGAGAAUGGUUCUUAUUGAAUUAAACAGUGGUUUCUUAUUUAGUUAAACAGUGGUUUCUUAUUGAAUAAAACAGUGGUUCUGUAUUGUAUGAGAGAAUGCCUCUGCAAUGGAUGAGACUCUGGUUCUAUUAAAAUAACAUAAAA